CGGUAAAAUUAAAAUUUUACCGAUCUUCUUUUGAUAAUUAAAUGUAGAUAAUUAUAUAAUAAUAAAGCGCAAACAAUUUAUCGGGGAUAAAUAUUAGUGCAGUCACACUGAAUUUCGAAAAGUGAAAAACGUUGGGUGUAAUUUAAAUAUUUACUAUUUACAGUGGGAUAAAAAGUUUGUAAACAAAACAUAUUUAACACAUGUGUGUCAGCUGUGAAAUCGGGUUUUCCCUUCACACUCUCUCGAGGUGGCGCACUGAAGAAUUACACACUUGGAUGUGCGCGACGAUUUGACCAUGCUUGGAUAAACUCGAAAAAAGGUUAUGUUAUGAAUGGAUUUACUACACAGGUAAACGUGUUUUGGUAUAAGCAGUGUCUCUGCAAUGGAUUAAUUUUUAACUUUCUGGAUUUUUACCCUGUGUUGUGAAUGAAAGAUUUUGUAAGGGCAUGGACCAAAAGGAAUCGGAGGUUGAGGUGUGGCCAGACAUAACCCCCUCAGAACUGAUCCAGCAUGCUAUCCUGUUCUACAGCCAGGGUCCACUGAAUGGGCACCUCACAGGGGAGAGGGCCAGAGACAUCUUUCUUCACUCCAGACUACCAUUGACAGUGCUCAGCAAGAUAUGGAAUCUAGCAGACGUCAAUAAUGACAACCUUUUAAAUGUUGGUGAGUUCAUGGUAGCUGUGCAUCUCAUCAAUGGAGUUCUCAGAGGAAGACUGGUUCCAAAAGUUUUACCAGAGAACGUCACUGUCACAGAACAAGCUGAGGUGCCAGUUGAGGUCCCCUCAGCCUCGGAAAAGGAGGCGUACAACAAAGUGUUCCAGAAAUAUGACCAAUCAGGAAAGGGGUUUAUUACUGGUGAAGAUGCAGUUGAAAUUUUCAAGGAGUCUAAGCUGGAAUCGGAGAAGCUGGCCUCGGUUUGGGAUUGGAGUGACCUAAAUAGAGAUGGACAGUUGAGCAGUGAUGAAUGGCUUGUUGCCUGCCACCUCCUUAGAUAUUUAAAAAGUGGAAAUUCCUUGGAUGGUAUUGUAAAUCCAUUUAAUGUGGUUCCUCAGAAGGUUUCUCCAAAUUCACUUUUGGCCCGAAAAACUAGAAUUGAAGAAUAUGAAAAGCACAAGCAAAGGCUUAUGCAGUUGAAGGAAAAGCGAAAAGUACAAAUCCAGAGAGAAAGUCAAAGACUAGAGCUGGUGAAAGAAAAGAAACGACUUCAAGAACAAUUGGUCACUUGUCUGAAAAGUAACAACAAUAACCCACUAAGUGAAGAAGAAAUCAACCAUCUUGUUCAAACUGACAAGGAUAAUUUGGAGAAACUAGAAGAAAUAGUUGCAAGGUUAAAGAAAGAACAUGAGCAGAUCAGACAGGAAACAGUUCAGGUGAUUCUGGGAGAGCAGAAGUUACAGGUGGAACAUCGUCUGUUGAAAAACGAACUGGACGAACUCAAUAAGAGGUUAGGAAGUCAACACACAAAGGCUACCAAAGAUCCUGAUCCAUUCCAUCAACUGUACGAACAAAGAAAAGAGGAGAGAAAGAAGAGUAAUUUAUCUGAGGGGGAGGAGCCCGAGGUCCAUCUGCCAUUCAAUCCAUUCGAGACCGAGUCCCUCCAUCACAGUUCUGUCUCGGGCUCACACUUAUUUCUGAGUCCAAACUCACUCAACAACAACAAUACAAAGCACCCACCGGAGACUCAGGCUUUCCUGGAGAGUCUUCACGAGUUUGGGGAAAAAUUUCUUGGAUCCUGGUCAGACGAAGAGUCAACCUCAAUGUCAGCUACAGACGAGAUGACAAACCAGGGGGAGGAUCCAGUGUUUAAAACUGUAGAAGUCUCGGACGACAGUGACCCGUGGAUGGGUCUGAACUGGUGCCAGAAUAAACUGGCUGCCCUCAGUGACCAGAAAUUCCAUGACCUGCACCGGAAACUGGUGGACCUCAAAGCAGAAUUCCAAAAACUGAACCAGGAGUCGGGUGGACAGCUAGUGUUUAGGAACCCGUCUGACUAUUUAGCCAGGAAAAAGGAAAAAGAGGAAGAGGAACAGAGAGAGAAACAAAAGUUCCCACGACGAUCCAAGAGCUCGGCCGACAAAGAUUACACAGCCAAACGCAGAAGUUACGUUCUAGACAGGAAGAAUGAAGAUAGUGAAGCAGCAAGGGAGAAGCGAUUAAACCGUCGGUCCCUAAACCUCGAAAACAGAACCGAGAAAUCCAGGGCCCCUGACAGGCCACUGUCCUCGCCUUUAAAGAGUGAUAAACCUGAACCCAAAUCUAGAACUUGUCCAGAAACCGAGACCUCAACUUCCACCAGUCCCACUCGCCUAGCUUCUACAAAGAAAACCCGAGCUCCCCCUCCGCCCUGUUCUCCAAGUAAAGAAUCUAGAAUCCCGGUACCAUCUGGAGCAGGAAAUCCAGAGAGACCUCCAAGAAGAAAGAAAUCCAGCAGCGGUGAAGAACCUGCAUCCCCAAAGACUACAGAAAACAACAACCCUGGGUCUCCAAGGUCAUCUUUUCUCUUCAGCGAAGAUCAGAAGGAGAAACCUGUCGAAUCUGCUCCUGCAGAAGAAGUCUUUGAGUCUGCUGUAGAAUCUAAUGUCUCUUGUUCUCCAGAAAGUGUAACUUUAGAAAAAAUUCCAGAGGGUGUAAUUCCAGAGGUGUCCAAAACUGAAUCUGAACAACUUAACUCUGAAAGAGCAAGUGAAGAAUGCAUUACUGUGAUAGAAAAUAAAACAAAGGGUGAAACAUUGAACUCUGAACUUAAUCCCAAUGAGAAGGAGAGUAUACUUGUGAAUCAUUUAGAUAUCAAACUCAUUGAAAUUGUUCCAGAAGUUUCUGAAGAAAAGGAAGCCCCAAGCAAAGCUGUGUCUUUCUCUAAAGAACAUAUUGAAAUUCCCAAUCCAGACACGGUAUCUUUGUGUAGUAUAGACUCGAUUCCCCCAGAUCUGCCAAAUUCUGCACCACCUCCACUUCUACCCAAACAACCGGACACUGCUUCCAUUGGAGAAGAAGCUGUGGUGAUAGCACAGGAAGUCAAAGUCACUGAAACUUCUGCUCCUGUCAUAGAAGAGGAAAUUUUAAAAACUGAAGAGGUUGCGGUAGAGAGUUCUGGACAGCCUGAGCUUAGUGACAUUAGUGAUAAAGACAAUCUUAUUGAAGGAUCCAUUUCUACCAAA